ACAGCACUUCCAUAACGUCCAGCACAAUGUCCUCCCUGGCCAAGAGUGGCAGCAAAAAGCACCGGUCCGAAAAAGACAAAUCCCACAAGCACAAGAGCAAAGACAAGGGGAAAGUCAAGGCCGUUCAGGCUGGUCCUUCAGCUCCUGUUCAAAAUGAUUCGCCAUUCUUGUCCAUCACUAGCAAGAUUCGCAUGAGCAUACCGCCCGCCUUCGCCAGUGACCUGCGAAGAGGAGCCGAAGAGAUGUUGGACAGCUUGGUGAUGCGCUACUCUUCCGCUCUUGACGCCGUGUUGUUGGCAUACUCAAAUAUCGAGUUCGACGACACAACGGCAAAAAUCGUCAACGACUGUCCCUUUGCCAUCUGCGACAUCUGGUUCGACGCUGUCGUGUGGGCACCUAAAGUCGGAAUGAAGCUAUACGGAAUUCAUUCCUUGUCCUCCCCAUCUCAUAUUUCCCUCAUCCUCUAUAAGACAUUCAAUGUUUCGAUCCCCCUUGAAAACAUACCUCAGGACCGAUAUAGCUUUGAAGAAGCUGCCGAGAUUGAAGACGCGGACUUUGAGGCGGAGGGUGUAGCCCAAUUAAGUGGCCGAUGGAGGGACAAGCGGACGAAUAAGAUUGUCGGUGCCGACAAGGAAGAGGUUGCAUUCGUGGUGACGGGUAUGCAAACGUCCAACCAGAUGCUGUCCUUGACCGGAUCGCUCGUAACUACCGAAGCUGCAACAUCUAGCACUACCGCUGUCUAUCGACCAAUCCCGCCGGCUCCAGGAACACAACUCGCCAACGACCUCGCUUCCCGGCCAUCAUCUUCGACUAACUCUGCUCGCCUGCCAUCCCGCGGGGAAACCCUUGUCACAGCUGAAAAGCCGAAAAAAAUGAAGCAGAAGGACAGCCGGGUAUCAAUAAUGGGUGCGGACAUUGCCAAUGCUGCGCAUGUCGAUCAGGCAGUUCAUGAAGCCCAGCCUUCAGUGCAGGCUGCUACAAUGCCAGAUAUUGAGGACGAGGAUCUGAGGAGCCAUCGCAAAGAGCAAAAGCGGGCCGAAAAGGAAGCAAAGAGGCAGGCCAAACGGGACAAGGAGAGCCAAAAGCAGACCGCAGAGCAGGCUAAAGAGAGGACGAACGCGAUGAUCGCAGACGUAAAAGCUGAGGAUACGACAACGUCGGCUUCGCCAAAGAAGAAGGAGAAGAAGCAUAAGCGAAGUGCAGAGGAAGCGGCACUGGGAGAGAAGGCUACCAAGAGGAAAAAGGUCUAGGGUGAUCGGCACGAAUCCACAUAUGCCUUGACGCUGGGAGUCGCCUGUCAUCAUACGUUAUCUGUUGUACGGCUGUCAAACUUCUGAUUAUUAUAACGAUACCGCCUUUACGAUUUACGACCUCUGCUUGAAGACGAACCUUACGGUUGUUGACAAUUUGAACCUUUUAUCCGGAUGCAAAUUCUGCUUCCGAACAAUCGAUCGAUCGGCCGCAAGCGGAACUCAUGACGUCGAUCAUCAUCAUCAAAUUCAUCAAACCU